AUGCAGAAGGAUGGCUCGGUAUGCUUGUGGAUCUAUACCACUUUGACGACCGAAUUCAGGAACGCACAUCGACCACUACCUUACACAGGCCAGAGGCACCGUAAGAGGCCUAAGAACUCGAUAGGAUUCGGUAGGCUCAUCGAUGAGGACGGCCUCGACAUGGAAACAUAUCGAGUCGCAAUGGGCAUUACCUUAGAUGGUAGGACACUCCCACUGACGUUCAACAUAGACUGUACAAAGAGGGACUCCAUCGUCGCGAUAUCCGGUAUCGACCCCCUCGAAGCAGGGUCUACUCGUAUUAAAAACAUCCUCAACCCCACGGAGGGGACCAUGCUCAAACGACAGGUACUGAGGAACAUGUAUAUUUGGUCCCCCCCAGGCUCGGGCAAUCACACGUGA